GUGAACUGCUGCGUAUAAACUCGAGCAGUGGGAGUGUUGGUGUUAUUUGGUUCGUAUCUUGAGUUAUACUCAUUUAAAUAAGUAGUGUAAGGUGCCAACAGAAAUCUCUCAAGAUAAGGAAUCCAUAAAGGUCUUGUUUUCAACAAAAGGAGUAGUGGAGGGCUUCCAAAUCGUCCGAACAAAACACAAACGCGCAGGGACGAAUUUACUUCUCUAAAGGGCUGUUUUCGUAUCAACGGUCAAGGGUUGAACUAGCACUAUGAGGGGGCUGUUUAACAAUCAUUUAUAAGCAAUGAAGCAGCUAUCAAUUUACCUUGGCCAAAUCUUUGAACAUUGGAUCAAGAAGGAAAGACAUAAAACUCAUUUGAGAUGGGUCGCACCAAACAGACCUCCAAACGUCAGCGGGACAUCAUAGGGGCCGACUCAAGCCGAGCUGGACAAAGUGGGAGCCAUCAGCCAGCUGCCCCAUAUUUGCCUCAAUUUGUGGACGAAGCACAACGGAAAAAAUAUGAUGAGCUGAUGAACAUGAGCGUGGGGCAACGAUUGUAUCCCCAUCUACCCACCUUAGGGCAGGCCGGCAUACGAGAUGAGGUCAUGCAACUCCUCCAUCGUGAUUGGUGGCAACACCUAUUUUUCGGCAUCGAUGAGCCCACAUACAAAGAGAUCACCUGUGAGGUGCUGUCUUCAUUCAAGGCACCCAAGACCUUCGACAACGUUUUUCUCCCGGUGAUCAAAUUCCGAGCUUUUGGGGAGUCUCACAUCAUAUCUGUGAGCGAUAUUUCUACACAUCUUGGCUUCAAUACUCUCCUUGACGUGGCCCGGUUUGAGGGGAGCAUACUAGACAUUCCCCCAGAAGUAAACCGAAAAGACUUCGGUAAAUCCAUAGCCCCUGGUGCCAGUGAUUACAAACCCCAAACGGCACCCAGCACUGCACUUCACCCAUUCCAGUUCCAGGUGGUCCAUGCCCUCCUUAGCUCUACUGUUUCAGGACGCGCAGAGCUCAGUGGCAAAGUCUCCGCCACUGAUCUUUUCUGCCUCUGGUGCAUGAUCAACGAGAGGAGGUCGAUAUUUGGAGCCCUAUUCGCACGCCUGUUCCUCAGACAGGCGAAUUAUCGAGUUAAGGCGAUUUUCGCCGGUCCUUACAUCACGCGCCUGCUGAAGGGGAUGGGUUACGAAGACCGAUUUGAGGGGAUGACCCGGAUAGAUAGCACCCAUCCGAUGAAGAAGCUGCCUAAGAUUAUCCCGAUGAGGAUACAGGAACAGGGCGCAGGAGCGGCAGAGGGGGAGCUUGGAGGCAAUGAAGAGGAGGAUGACGAGCAUGAACACGAGCAUGGAGAGCGCGAGAUGGAGCACGAGAUGGCGCAUGAGGUCCCUUAUGUGCCCCCUCCCCAGGGUUACGUUUAUCCCAACACCUGGGAGGGGAUGCAUCAGCAUCAAUAAGACACCUACAUGCGACUCUACCAGCACCAGCAGCAGUUUUUCGCUGACAUCACCUCUGGCCUAGCCUCGAUCGACACGCGGCUGACAGCCCUGGAGAGUCGAUGGGACGGCCAGCACCCUCACGAGCACUACCCACCCCCUCCCCCUUUUUAGAUUUUUACAUGAUAUUUUAUGACACUGAUUCACC